AUGAGAAGUCUGUCUACUAUCCAGUUCGGAUUGGAGACGUAUUUCAAGACCGGUACCAAGUGCUCAGCAAAUUGGGGUUUGGCGCAAAUUCGACCGUCUGGUUCUGUCGAGACCUCGGCGCUGAAAAUCUGCAUCGCCAGCCAAAAACCGAAUCGUGAGGUCCAGGUGCUUAGACAUAUUGCAGCCACUCAAACGAAGCAUAGCGGAGCAUUCUUCGUUCGAACUAUGCAAGCCUCUUUUGAAAUUGAGGGGCCAACGGGCGUACAUCAAUGUUUAGUACAGGAACCACUUUUGGCAAGCCUUUCCGACCUACAGAAUACGCUGAACCCAACAAGUCUGACCGAGGAUAUCUUGAAAACCGCAUUACAACAGAUCUUCGCCGGACUAGACUACCUUCACUCCGACGCUCAUGUUAUACAUACUGAUAUUCAAGCUAAAAACAUUAUGCUCAGCUGCUCUGACCCAACCGUCUUUGAAGAAUGGGACGCGGCUGAGCGGGGAGAACCGAGUCCUCGAAAGGUGGAUGGCGACCGAGUAAUUUACAAGUCCCGAGAUUUUGAUUUACGGAAGUACAUGAGAGGCAUUGGUAGGUGCGUGAUCGCAGAUUUGGGUAUGGCGCGCAUUGGUAGGCAGCACGAAGGGUUUAUACAACCAGAUGUAUAUCGCGCCCCUGAGGUAAUGCUGUGCAUGCCGUGGAAUUCGGCAGCGGAUAUCUGGAAUGUCGGUGUGAUGGUUUGGGAUCUUUUCGAAGAAGAACACAUGUUCCAUCCUGGAGGUAGCGACAGGAAACAAUCCAAUGCACGUAUGCUUGCCGAAAUGAUCGCUCUACUUGGACCUCCUCCAAGAGAUUUUCUGCCAAGGGCCGAUGAGACUUUAGCUUACUGGAAUCAUGAGGGCAAGUCCUCCUUGGGCUACUGGCCCACCCUGUUGUCGACUCCACUAACCGGUUUUAUUAGGCCAGUGGAAAGGGUUCGCAGAGAUCCCGAAUUACUCUUUAGAGGAGAUUGA